UCUCCAUUGCCAAGGGUCAGCUUUCCUGCUCCCCGGGAGCAUGCACAGGCUCGGUGGUGCUCCGGGCCCUCACCUCCUGCCAGCCGAGCCGGAAGGCCCCCCUGGCGGACCGCAGCAUGAUCUCCAUCAGCGAGGGCCAGAAGAUUGGCGUAGGCAUCACCGGCUUCGGCGUCUUCUUCAUCCUCUUUGGGACACUCCUGUACUUUGAUUCCGUGCUCCUGGCUUUCGGAAACCUGCUGUUCCUGACCGGCCUCUCCUUCAUCAUCGGCCUGAGGAGGACGUUCUCCUUCUUCUUCCAGCGGCACAAGCUCAAGGCCACCAGUUUCUUCCUGGGGGGCGUGGCUCUUGUGCUCCUCCGCUGGCCCUUCCUGGGCAUGCUCCUAGAGACCUACGGGUUCUUCAGUCUCUUCAACCGGUUAAAUGGGGGUGCAGAGCCACGCCUGCCCCAGGGCCAGAUUCCGAGCUGCUCCUGGAUGGACCUCGGCCGCCAUAUCCUCCUCUCCCCUCUGCUCCUAGGGGUUUCUUCCCUGUGGCCUCUGGCUUCUUGGGCAAUGCCUUCAACAUCCCCUUCCUGAGUGCGCUGUUCCGGAGGUUUCAAGGCACUAGCUCAAUGGUCUGAACCACAGAGAUGAGCUCCUUGAACUUGAAUGUUGAUUAAGUGGCUGGAAGGGAACCGGAGGCCACCGCCAUGGGCCCCCCACCCAGCACUGACUCAGUCCCUGUCAUACCUCCGCCUCCCCAAGUCCCGAAGGAACAAGAAUGGAGCUGCGUGACCUCAAACCUCCAAGUCAGCGCAAGAGGCUCCCAGGACGGCUGGGAGCAGAAAUCGCAGCCCCACAGGGACCUGGCUGGGUCUGGCGGCACAUUCCCCCCACCCCUGUAUUUAUGGAGGGAAAGUGAAGAUUAAAUCCCCGAGCUGCGAGAGUG